UGUUGAUAUACGAUGCCAACAUGGGAAAGCUCUUCACAGCAAUUGUUAUGCAGAUCUUAUGGAGUUGCUCAGGAAUACCUGGACAGCAGACAUCACCAUUUCAAUUUACACAAACAGUAUACAAUACCACUAUAUAUGAAAACUCAGCUGCUAAAAGCUAUGUAGAAUGCCCAAUUAAAAUGGGAACAUACAUCACACACCCAUCCUGGGACAUUCAAUACAAAAUAGAAUCUGGAGAUGGAGAGCUUUUAUUCAAGGCUGAAGAAUAUGUACUGGGAGACUUCAGUUUCCUGCGAAUUAGGACCAAAGGAGGCAGCUCUGCUAUACUCAACAGGGAAGUGAAGGAGCACUACUCACUGAGAGUCAAAGCACUAAAAUGGAGCACCAACGCUAUCGCUCAAACAAGAGUUCAAGUGCGAGUUCUGGACACCAAUGAUCUCCGGCCUCUUUUCUCACCAACCUCCUACACUGUUUCCGUGCCUGAACACGCUGACAUCAGAACUAGCAUUGUGAGAGUCACCGCCACCGAUGCCGACGUCGGCUCAAAUGCAGAGUACUAUUUCAGCUUGGGAGGAGAACACACCCACAUGUUUGCCAUUCAUCCUACCAGUGGGGUGAUUACUCUCAUGGCCAGGCUGGAUUACGCUGAGCGGAGGCUGUUUGAGAUGGAUGUCUUGGCUGUAGAUCGAGGCAUGAAACUCUAUGGGAGCAGUGGCUUCAGCAGCACAGCCAAGCUGACGGUCAGGGUACUGCAGGCCAAUGACCACGCUCCCGUCCUCACAGCUGUUCCCUUAGCUCCAUCAGCCACAGACACUGACCCUACAUAUGCUCUAGUAACCGUGGAAGACAAUGAUCAAGGGCCUAAUGGUGAGAUAGCAUCACUGAGUAUAGUAGCUGGGGACCCACUCCAGCAGUUUAGGGCAGUGAAAACCAGCCCUGGUGGAAAAGAAUACAGGGUCAAAGCCAUUAAGGAUGUGGACUGGGAUAGUUGUCAGUUUGGAUGCAAUCUUACACUACAGGCCGAGGAUAAAGGUAGCCCACCACAGUUCUCCUCCGCUGAAGUCAUUAGAGUGAGAUCCCCACAUGUUGAUGUAAGGGCUCCUACAUUUGAAAAAAACAUUUACAGAGUCAACCUGACAGAAUUUUCCCCGCCCAACACUUCUGUUGUAAUGGUGAGAGCUAUGCCAAAUCACCCCAUGUUGAAAUACUCCAUCAAAUACCCCAAGAUCCAACAGAUCACUCAUCCUUUCACUAUUAAUUCAAACACAGGCUUGAUAACAACAACUGCAGCUAUCCAAGCUGACUGUGCCAGCAAGUAUGACUUUGAGGUGAUUAUUAAUAACCAAGAACAAGCAUCAACCAGGGUGGUCAUCAACGUGAUUGAUGUAAAUAAUAAUGCACCGGUUUUUCAGCAACCGUCCUACAGAGGCAAUGUCAAUGAAAAUGUACCAGUGGGGACCAGCAUCCUCACGGUCAGUGCCAGCGACAUGGAUGAAGGAGAGAAUGGUUACGUUACUUACACCAUCGCCAAUGUAAACCCACCACAACCUUUUACCAUAGAUUACUUCACAGGUGUCAUCAGCACUGCCAGGGAAUUGGACUAUGAAAAGAUGCCAAGGGUUUACAACCUCCGAGUCAGAGCUUCAGAUUGGGGCUCUCCUUUCCGCCGUGAAGUGGAGACUCCAGUUUCUAUUACACUCAACAACCUUAAUGACAAUGAGCCCUUGUUUGAGAAGGUUGACUGUGAAGUGAGCUUACCAAGAUACUACAGGGUGGGUGAGCAGAUAGUCGCGGUGUCUGCUAUCGAUGCAGACGACAUGGAAGGGGUUCAGCAUGUAGUCAUAGAUGGUAACAGCCUUGGUCUUUUUGACUUGACACCAGACACCGGGCUGUUAUCACUCAAGUUGCCCUUACAUGACGGCGAGGCUGCAAGGUUGUCCUUCCACUCCUUACAAAUUAGUGCCAACGAUGGGGAGACAUCAAGUAAGCCAAUGUUUGUGAACAUCACAGUCCUGUCUGGUUCAGGAGCCGUCUUUGAAAAGUGUGUGGAUACAGGAGUGGUUGGGCGUAUGGCUGAGAUGCUGCUUCUUGGCACCAUGCCACACUCUCAAAGGGAAGAUCAUUUUGAGGACAUUCAUUCAAUCAAUAAUUAUUUUCCUCGCUUUGUGGACUCUACUCCUAAGGUCAUUGAGGUUAAAGAGGACCUACAAGUUGGGACGAGGAUAGCUCAUCUAAGUGCCAUAGACGCAGACCAUGGCUUCAGUGGAACAUUGAUGUUUGUGAUAUCUGGAGGAGAUGUUGAGAGUCGUUUCAUGAUUGAAAUGGACACGGGUUGGCUAAAGAUAAUGGAGCCAUUAGACAGAGAAAUAAUGGAUCAAUAUACUCUCAACAUCACUGUGUAUGAUCUGGGAACACCACAGCGGUCAGCGUCACAUGUCUUACAGAUCAAUGUCCUGGAUUCAAAUGACAACAGCCCAAACUUCCUCCAGAGUAGCUACUCUGUAUCGAUAAGGGAGGAUACAGACGUAGGAACAGCUGUCAUUCAGGUUGAUGCCACAGAUAAAGAUUUAGGGGCCAACAGAAUCAUCAGGUAUUCAUUGAUGGCUGAGUCCGAUCACUUUGUCAUAGAUGACCAGACGGGAGUGGUGAAGGUUAAAAGUCCAUUGGACCGGGAGCUACACCCAACUAUUAUCCUAAAAGUUGUGGCCUGUGAUCAGGCAGUUGAUGAACCUCAGAUGGUUUCUACAGUAUCUCUGAAGAUAGUGUUAGAGGAUGUCAAUGACAACCCUCCUAGGUUUUUCCCCCUCCACCAGCGCGUGAAGGUGCAGGAGGACCUCCCGUUAGGGGCGGUGGUGGUCUGGCUACAGGCCCAUGACCCUGACCAAGGUCAGUCUGGGCAGGUCCGUUUCAGCCUGCUGGACAAUGGAGAUGGAGACUUUGAUGUUGAUAAAACAAACGGUGCUGUUCGUAUAUUAAGGACCCUGGACUUUGAGAGGAGACAGGUGUAUAACCUGACAGCCAGAGCCAAGGAUAAAGGGAAACCUGAGUCGUUGUCCUGCACAUGUUUUAUUGAAGUCUACGUAGUAGAUGUGGAUGAGAAUCUGCACCAGCCUCGGUUUGCCUCCUUUGUGGAUAAGGGAAGUGUGAGAGAAGAUGCUCCUAUUGGCACAACUAUAAUGACAGUUACAGCACAAGACAAUGACCAAGGUAGAGCUGGAGAAAUACGCUAUUCUAUAAGGGACGGAUCAGGCCUCGGAGUAUUCACCAUAGAUGAAGAGAGUGGUGUCAUACAGACACAGGAGCUUUUAGACCAUGAGACCACCAAUCAUUACUGGCUGACUAUCUAUGGCACCGACCUAGCUGUGGUGCCUCAGUCGUCCUUUAUGGAGGUCUACAUUGAGGUUGAAGAUGUCAACGACAACGCACCACAGACCUCCGAGCCAGUCUAUUAUCCUGAGGUCAUGGAGAAUUCCCCCAAGGAUGUAUCUGUUAUCCAGGUGGAGGCGGUGGACCCUGACUCUGGGAACAGUGACCAGUUCGACUAUAAGAUAACCAGCGGGAACCCACAGGGAUUCUUCAGCAUCGACCACCAGACGGGUUUGGUGACAACCACUUCAAGAAAACUGGACAGAGAGCAGCAAGAGGAACAUGCACUGGAGAUCACAGUAACAGACAAGGGCGUGCCAGCCAGGUCCACAGCUGUCCGGGUGGUGGUGAGGGUACAGGAUGAGAACGACAACUCCCCACAGUUCCUGGAGAAGAUCUAUAAGGUCCAGCUCCCAGAGAGGGACAGGUCAGACAGGGACAGGUCAAAUGGAGACAGGGAGAGACCAACAGAGAGGAGGGGGGUUGCUAAGAGCGAGCCAAUCUACAGAGUGAUCGCCUCUGACAGAGACACGGGCCCCAACGCUGAGGUGUCCUACAGCAUCGAGGAGGGAGACGAGCAGGGGAGGUUCUUCAUCGAACCCCAAACUGGCCAUGUGUUCUCCAGAGAGGUUGUCUCGGCAGGACAGCAUGCCAUCCUUACAAUUAAAGUGGUGGACAACGGGAGACCCCAAAGGUCCUCAACCUGUCGGCUGCACAUUGAGUGGAUCGUGAGGCCUGAGCCCUCCUCUGAGCCCUUGGUGUUUGAAGAGACCUCCCUCGUCUUCUCUGUCAUGGAGACUGACCCAGUGGCUCACAUGGUGGGGGUCAUCUCCACGCAACCCAUAGACGCACCUGUCUGGUUCCAAAUCAUAGGUGGCAACGCUGACAGCCGCUUCGAUGUAGGCAAGGGCAGUGGAACCGUCAUUUUAGCCAAACCCCUCCAUGCAGAACCAAAAUCAAAUUACAGCCUGACAGUGGAGGCAACAGAUGGAAACAGAUACAUCAGCACCCAGGUGUUCAUCAAAGUGAUUGACACCAACAACCACCAGCCCCAGUUCUCUCAGCCCCAGUAUGAGGUCAGCAUCCCAGAGGACACAGCACCAGAAACAGGCAUUCUGCAGCUCAGUGCCACAGACAGAGACCAGAGGAACAAGCUAACCUUCACUCUGCUGAGCAGCACUGAUCUCUUCAGCCAGAGGAAGUUCAGGCUGGACCCUGGGACGGGACAGCUCUACACCACAGAACCACUGGACCACGAGGUCAUGAACAAACACACCCUCACUGUCAUGGUGUGUGAUGAUUGUGUGCCUGUAAAGCGUAACCUGGUCAGAGUGAUAGUUAACGUGGAGGACACCAAUGAUAACACCCCCUGGUUCACCAGCCCCCGGUACUCAGGCCAGGUGUUUGAGUCAGCUGCUGUGGGAUCGGCUGUACUUCAAGUUACUGCUCAGGACCGAGACAGAGGAAGCAAUGCAGAGAUCAGCUACAUCAUAGAGUCAGGGAACGAGGACAACUCGUUUGCUAUCGACCUAGUCCUGGGGACCAUUACAGUGGCUAAGGAGCUAGAUCGUGAUGACAAGAGUCAGUUUGAGCUGGCUGUAAAGGCGUCAGACAGAGGAGCGCCUCCACUGAGUGCGGUGACAACAGUACGUAUAGCUGUCACUGUGCCAGAUAACGCCAGGCCCAGGUUCCCUGAGGAGGAGAUCUCAGCUGUUAUCAGUGAGACAGCCCCUGUAGGGAGCUUAGUUACUCUGGUCUCUGCCUCCAGUCACUCUUCUGUCCUCUACCAGAUCAGAGAGGGAAAUGUCAAUAACGCCUUCGAUAUCAAUCCAACCUCUGGGGUUGUUGUCACUCAGAGGCUGUUGGACUAUGAGAGUGUGUCUUCAUAUAGACUGACAGUGCAGGCCACCAACAUGGCAGAGAUGGUGAACUAUGUUACAGUCCUUAUUCACCUCAGAGAUGAGAAUGACAACAGUCCAGUGUUCACACAGACAGAGUUCAGAGGAGUUGUCAGUGAGUCCGCCCCUGUUAACAGUGUGGUGCUAACCAAUGGAAGGUCUCCUCUGGUUAUCCAAGCCACUGAUGCUGACAGUGAUCUGAAUGGCAGGCUGGUCUACCAGAUUGUAGAGCCCUAUGCCCUUGAAUACUUCGCCAUUGACUCCAGCACCGGAGUCAUUCGCACUGUCACUGGCCUGGAUUAUGAGCAGAGGUCAGAGUUCAACUUCACUGUGCAGGUCCAUGACAGUGGAAAGCCAAAACUUUUCUCUGAGAUCAUAGCCUAUGUCACCAUCCACAUCACUGAUGUCAAUGAUUGCCCCCCAACAUUCAGCCAAGACGUGUUUGAGACGUCUGUCAUAGUGCCAACCUACAGUGGAGUGAAGGUGAUUUCUAUAAACGCCACUGAUCUGGAUUCAGGAGCUGGUUCCAAACUACUGUUCUCUAUCUCAGAUGGAAACAUAGGAGGUCAAUUCAUGAUUGAUCCCAAGUCAGGCGUUAUUUCUGUUUUGAAUCCAGCCCGGUUGCGAAAUGGGUACGAGUUGACAGUCGGAGUGUCUGAUGGGAAGUUCACCAAGACUGCCAUGGUCAAAAUUAACAUAAGAGAGAAUCAGAACAAAGAUCUGGCGUUUGCCAAGGACCUGUAUACUGUCUCUCUACCAGAGAACUCAUCUGAGAGGAAAACUCUGGCUGUGGUGACUGCUGCGAGAAAAAGGUUAAACGAACCUCUGUUUUACACCAUCCUGAACCCACAGGGGAGGUUUGAAAUUGGACACACCUCUGGUGUGCUGUUUACGACUGGAGUACCUUUCAAUCGAGAGGAACAGGAUACAUUUGAGAUCGUUGUGGAGGUGACGAAGGAACACAGAUCCUCAGGGGUGGCUCAUGCUCUUGUGGUGGUGACCAUUGAAGAUGUAAAUGACAAUGAGCCUGUGUUCGUGGGACUCCCCUACUCAGCCCUGGUGCAGUUAGAUUCAGCAGUGGGUCAGGUUGUCAGGCAGAUAACCACUGUGGAUAAAGACAUUGGUAGGAAUGCUGAGAUCAAAUACCAGCUGAAAGAAGACUGGGGAUAUUUUCAGAUCAGCCCCUCAGGGGAAAUCUCACUCAAAGGGACCGUUCACCCAAAAGACGUUGACACUAAGUUUGCAAUCAGCGUCAUCGCUAAAGACAGAGGGGACCCAUCUCUCUCGGCAACAGUGGAGGUGGCUGUGACAGUGGUGAGCAAAGCCGUACCUGUGUUUGAAAAAUCAUCCUAUGACAUAGUUAUACCAGAGGAUGUUCCAUUAGACACCUCCAUUGUGAAGAUCCAGGCCAAUGCUUCAGAGGGACCAAGGACUGUCUAUAGCAUAUCAAAGGGAGACCCUUUAGGUCAGUUCUCCAUUAGUUUCAUCACUGGUGUCUUCCAUGUUGUACAGCCGUUGGACUACGAGACCCACCCAGCAUACAGACUUAGUAUCCGAGCCUCAGACUCACUUACAGGGGCUCACUCUGAAGUGUUCCUUGACAUUAUCUUGGAGGACGUCAAUGAUAAUGCACCGACUUUCAAAGAGAGGUUAUAUGAGGCUAGUGUGUCUGAGUUGGCUGACAUUGACUCGUCAGUGUUACAGGUGUCUGCUACAGACUCAGACUCGGGCAACAACAAAGUGCUGUUUUACCAGUUAGUGGAGGAGGGGGGUGGCUCAGAAUACUUCACCAUUGACCAAGAGAGUGGGGUGAUCAUGACCUCUGGCCUGUUAGACUUUGAGGUGGGACCACAACAUAGGUUGGUGGUCAGAGCUGUGGAUGGGGGUGUCCCUGCCCAAUCCAGUGAGGUCCAGGUCAUCAUCUCAGUGACAGACAUCAAUGACAACCCACCAGUCUUCACACAUCAUCUGUAUAAGGCUAUUGUCAGCCAGCUGGCCCAAAGGGGUCAUUUUGUAGCCUGUGUGAGGACCUCUGAUGCUGACCUGUCAGACACUGACCGCCUGGAGUACUCCCUACUCUCUGGCAAUGAGGACUCCAGCUUCACCAUAGACGGAAGGAGUGGAGAGAUUGUCAUAUCGAAAUACCGCAAGCUGAACAGGGAGACACUCUACAACCUCAGUGUGUCUGUGUCUGAUGGGCUUUAUAGUAGUGUAUGUAAUGUACAGGUCACAGUGGUCACUUCUAACCUCCACAGCCCCUCUUUCUCCCACACUGACUCUGUUGUAGAGCUGUUGGAGAACUCACCUGUUGGCACUUUGGUCACUCAAGUCACAGCUACCGAUAAAGAUCUUGGAGUGUAUGGCAAGGUGACAUAUUACAUAGUGAAUGAUGUCGCAAAGGACAAAUUCACUAUCAAUGAAAAUGGGGAGAUUUUUACUGUGGAAAGCUUAGACAGAGAAAAUGUCAUCACUAACCUAAUCUCUAUUAGUCUGAUGGCUAAAGAUGGAGGGGGAAAGCUAGGCUUCACCUCUGUCAACGUGAUCCUGACUGAUGUUAACGAUAACGCUCCUCAGUUCAGGGCAGCAGAAUACAAAGCCAAUAUUCCCAGGGAUGUCUCUGAAGGAACUGUCAUAGUCAGAGUUACUGCUGUGGACGCAGAUGAAGGCAGCAAUGCUGACAUCACUUACACUGUACAAUCUGAGGUGGGAGGUUUUGACAUACAUCCUCUCAAUGGUGAUAUAAUUGCCAAAAAUAAUUUUACAGACUAUAAAAAUGACCUCUUUUCCUUUUAUGUGAGUGCUAAAGACGGUGGAGAUCCACCGAAAAAAACUUUGGUGCCAGUAUAUAUCAGACUACUGCCCAAGGAGGUGACCGUGCCAAAACUAGUUGAGUUACAGAAGAGAUGGUCAGUCAGUGAGGGUCUUCCUAUAGGUUCUGAGAUUGAUGUCAUCCAAGAGAGUGAGCAGCUUUUGAUAUACAACCUUGUUAAAGGCAGCACCCCUGAGAGCAACCAAGACCAAGUCUUCGUUGUCAACACAGACACAGGGAAGCUCAAACUAGCCAAACGUCUUGACUUUGAAACCACUAAAUGGUACCUGCUGACUCUGCAGGCACAGGGCGACCUAGAGGACAUUGAUGUGAUUACUACUGCCCAACUCCAUAUUCAGGUACAGGACGUCAACGAUAACAGUCCACAGUUUGAAUCGGACUCUUACAGAUCAUUUGUUGUUGAGAACCUACCUAAAGGGACCUCAGUGAUUCAGGUGAAAGCUACUGAUCUAGACUCAGGAUUGAAUGGCCAGGUUACCUACAGUCUGGACCAGUAUCAAAACUCUGUAGAUGUCCUGGGGAUGUUUGCUGUGGAUGAAGAGUCAGGGUGGGUCACAACCCUGAAGGAGCUGGACCGGGAGCAGCAGGACCGGUACUCAGUAGCAGUACUGGCUACAGACAGAGGGCAUGACGGGAGGCUGAAUACCGCUGCCACAGUGGAGGUGACGGUGGUAGACGUCAAUGACAAUCCUAUGCACUUCACGGCAGAGGUGUUCAGGGCCAGCGUCAGUGAGGACAUCCCCGUUCCUAGCAGGGCCAUAACAGUCCUGAGGACCAUCGACAGAGACUCUGAAGACCUCAACAAGCCAAUCUGCUGUUUCAUCACAGGAGGUGAUCCACGUGCUCAGUUUGACCUGGAGCACUCUCAGGGGGAGUGGAGGGUGGUGGUGAGGAGAGCUCUGGACAGGGAGGAGAGGGACAGUUACCUCCUGAACGUCACUGCUUCCGAUGGAACGUCUGUGACCACAGCCACUGUGGAGAUCAGUGUCCUCGAUGCAAAUGACAACAGUCCUGUCUGUGAGAGGGCUCUCUAUGCCCAGACAGUCCCUGAGAACUCUCCUGAAGGGAGGCUGGUCCUGCAAGUCUCUGCCAUUGAUGCAGACAUCCAAUCCAACGCUCAGAUCUCAUACACUCUCUCUGGAGAUGGGGCUGAUUACUUUAGCAUUGAAUCAGACACAGGCCGGCUGAGAACCCUGUUGCCGUUGGACCGUGAGGAGAGGGAUGUGUACAGUCUAUUGGUACAAGCGAAUGACGGAGGACAGCGUUACUGCCAGGCUAAUGUGAUGAUAACAGUGGGAGAUGUCAACGAUAACGCUCCUGAGUUCACAGCUGACCCCUACCCUGUCACAGUCUUUGAGAACACUGAGAUAAACACGUAUGUGGCACGGCUACAGGCCACUGAUCUGGAUGCAGGAAACAACAGCAGGAUCCUGUAUUCAUUUGAGGACUCAGCCGAUGGCCGGUUCUCCAUCCAGCAGCAUUCAGGGCUGGUCCGUGUGGAGCGACCCCUGGUGAGGACCCAGGCUGGGUACACGCUGCGUGUCCGGGCCACAGACCAGGGCUCACCAAGAAGACUGUCCUCUGUCUGCUCCGUGCUGGUCUCUGUGCUCAGCGUCAACGACAGACCCCCGGCCUUCCAAAACAGGGACUAUGGCGUCACGGUGUCAGAGGACGUCACCUUGGGGACCCAGGUGGUCAGGGUGUUUGCGGCUAGCGGAGACCCCAAGGCCACCGCUGACAUCACCUACUCCAUCGUCAACGGCAACGAGCAUGGGAUGUUCAGCAUGGACUCACACACCGGUGACAUAUUUGUGACCAAGGCUCUGGAUUAUGAAGCGUCCCAUGAGCUCUAUUUGACAGUACAGGCCUCGGACAAAGGCAGGACGAGCCAAGGUGACAUUGCCACGGUAACCAUCUACUUGACAGAUGUCAAUGACAACUCUCCUGUCUUCAGCCAAGAGGUGUACUCUGCUGUGAUCAGUGAAGAUACCGACAUGGGCCUGACCAUGUUGACGGUGAUGGCUGAUGACAUUGAUGGUCCCUCCAACAAUCACAUCCACUUUUCUAUCAUCAAGGGCAACCAAGCCGGGCCCUUCACCAUAGAUACGGUCAGCGGUGAGGUGAAGGUUGUUUGCCCGUUAGACCGAGAAAAGGUGCCUGCGUACACUCUGACGGUACUGGCAUCAGACAGUGGUAGUCCAUCCAGAUCCAGCAGUGCCCUGGUCAACAUUGACGUGUCGGAUGUGAAUGAUAAUGCGCCCGUGUUCUCUGAGGCUGACUACAGCCUUGUCAUCCAGGAGAGUGUCCCAGUAGGGAGCAGUGUUCUCAAGCUGACUGUAACAGAUAGGGAUGCCUCCCACAACGGCCCCCCAUUCUCCUUCACCAUCCUUGGGGGAGAUGAGGGAGGCUCCUUCAUAAUAGACCCCCAGGGAACCCUCAGGACCACCACACUGCUGGACCGCACAGUAAAGGACCACUACAUACUACAUGCUCAGGUGCUAGACAGUGGCAGACCACCAAUCCUGGCCUCCACAGUGAUCAAUAUCAGGGUGAUCCAAGAGAGCCUCCACCCCCCUGCUAUCCUCCCCCUGGAGGUACUCAUCUCCACCCCAGGAGAGGCCUAUCCGGGCGGGGUGCUGGGUCAGAUCCGAGCCACUGACCAGGACCUCUAUGACUCCCUGACCUACAACCUCCAGCCCAAUUUAGCCAAUACACCACUGUUCUCCCUGUCCCCCUCAGAUGGCCGUCUGGUGACCCGGCCGGGUCACGUCCUCAAGCUGGGCCAUUACCUGCUCAACGUCACUGUUACUGACGGACACUUCACCACGGCAACCGGUGUCAGUGUGCACGUCCACCAGGUGACCAAGCGCAUGCUGGAGAGCUCCGUGGCCGUCCGUCUGGCUGGGGUGGGCCCCGAGGAGUUCGUAGGGGAGCACUGGAGGGGCUUCCUGAGGGCACUGCGCCUGGUGGCAGGGAUCAAGAGGAGUGAUGUCCAGCUGGUCAGUCUGCAGCCCUGUGAGCCCCCUGGUAGCCUGGAUGUCCUGCUGGCUCUGGAGCGGGCACCUCCCGGUAGCCCCCUGACCACUACCAAGGACGAGAUCCUCCUUCGUAAGCUCAAUGCCUCUGUGGGUGCAAUCCAGGAGCUUACAGGCCUCCGCGUGGUCAGGGUGUUCAGGAAGCUAUGUGCAGGCUUGGAUUGUCCUGCCAUGCUCUGUAGUGAGGUGGUCACACUGGACCAGAACUUCCUGACCACCUACAGCACGGCUAGACUCAGCCUCAUCACCCCGCCACAUCACAGAUCUGCUGUGUGCCUCUGUAAAGGUGGUGAGUGUCCUGUGUUGAAGCUCUGUGAGGGGAAGCCCUGUCCUGAGGGAUGUGUGUCCAACCAAAGAGAGGGACCAUACAGCUGUAUCUGUCCACCUGACCAACAGGGAGACUGCUCAGGAGGUCAGUCUCUAUGGUUCAGUGGGAAGGGUUACAUCAGGUACCGUCUGAUGGAGAACCGCUAUAGAGAGGAGAUGAAACUGUCUCUCAGACUGAGAACCUUGUCCCACCAUGCCACUCUCCUGUUUGCCAGAGGAACAGACUACUGCAUUCUAGAGAUAGUCGACGGUAGGCUGCAGUACCAGUUUGACUGUGGCAGUGGCCCAGGCAUCGUCUCUAUACACAGUGCCCAGGUCAGUGAUGGCCAGUGGCACACCGUAUCCCUUGAGGUAAACGGCAACCACGCCAUGCUGGUUCUGGAUCAGCUCUACACGGCCUCGGGCACGGCACCAGGCACACUCCGCUCCCUCAACCUGGACGGAAGCCUGUUCCUGGGUGGUGUUUCUGAAUCCGACCAGCAGAGGACAGCAAAGACAGCCUCACAGCGUUUGCCAGUCUCUCACAGUCAUGAUCUUCAGGGUUGUAUUGAGGCAGUCAGGUUUAAUGGCUAUGAUCUGAACCUGGACACCGAGGCCCAGGCCCAUGUUCUAGUAGAGGAGGUGGUGGGGGUGGCACCAGGCUGUGGGUCCCUCCCUGCUCCAGACUGCUCCUCUCAGCCCUGUAUGAAUGGAGGAACCUGCUCCACUCUGCCUCAUGGAGGUUACUUCUGUAAAUGCAGUGACUUGUUCAUGGGGUCUCACUGUGAGGUGGCAGCUAGCCCCUGUUCCUCCAACCCCUGUCUAUAUGGAGGAACCUGUGUGCUGGACAACCAGGACUUUUACUGCCAGUGUAGAGGACAGUACUCAGGACCACGGUGUGCGGUUGGUCCGUACUGCAAAGAUAACCCCUGCAGAAACAGUGGACAUUGUAUCGACAGUCUGGAUGGGGCUGUGUGUGAGUGUGAGCCGGGGUUUCAGGGGGAACGGUGCCUUGGGGAUGUAGAUGAGUGUAUGCAGACAGAGAGCCUCUGCUCUAACGGAGGUGUGUGUGUAAACACCUACGGCUCCUUCAACUGUAGCUGCGUGGUGGGGUUCGCUGGGCGGCAGUGUGAGCUCGAGAUGUUGGUCAGGAACGAGCUGCUGUUCACCAGCUGGUCCAUCGGCCUGGAGGAACUCCUUGGACUGGCCCUGUUCCUGGUUACCAUCUUCGGCCUGUCUCUGCUCUUUGUAGCCGUCCGGAAGAGGGCCAAACAGGACGGAUCUAAGGAAUAUGAGGAUGAAGAUGGUAAAGAGUUCUUUGGGAGAGCUUACCUGGAGGUCAAGUCCAGCCGGGGAGUCCCAGUCUACUUGGACGUUCCACCACAGAUCCCAGUUAGACCCAUCUCCUAUACCCCUAGUUACCCCAGCAACUCACGCCACAACCUGAACAAGGGUUCCUGCGAAGGUCUUGGGUUGGUGGAACCCACAGAGCACAGCACCCCUGACCCAGACCCCGUGCCCAUGCUGAGGAGAGGGGUGGCAGUGUGCAGUGUCGCUCCCACCCUGCCACGCCGCCUGCAUUCCAACACCCCUUCAGAGACGGAGUCCAUCCAAAAACCCUGCUGGGACUACCACUAUGAUGAAGAGGUAGUGGAGCUGGAUCCGGUCUCCACUCAGAGAUCUAGGAAAGACCUGGAAAACCGUAGCAGUGCCUCAGAGUCCCUCUGUUCCUACCAGUCAGGAUCAGGAGAUGAGAACGGCUAUCACUGGGACACAUCUGAUUGGAUGCCGAGUGCUCAGCGUCCCAUAGACCAGGAACUAUUGCAGUGUAUAUGUAUAGAAAAGCCUGCCCCCACCUGCACUGACUCUGACCCUGAGCUCCUCAACCUUGACUGCUAUGUAGGAGGUAUAGACAUUGAGAGUGACUCUACCAACUGAUUUCCUUUCUCUGGAUGAUGUCCACCUACCUGUUAGGCAUCAGGGCCAGUUAUGAUGACUCCAUCCAGACACAUACUUCACCUGUAGCCAGCAGGGGGAAAACAUUUACCAGCACCAGCAGCACCACCUCUACCCUACAGACCCCACUAAGCUCCCAGGCAGUAACACAGGUAUCAGCAGGGUGCAUAUAGGGACACAAAGUGACCCCUUUGACAUGAGCUGUGGAUAGGAGCUCAGCAGCAGUGUGCCCGUCUCCCAUGCCUCCAGCUCUGACCUGUCAGGCUUGGGUGAGGGGUCAGAGUGACCAGCAGGCUUGUUUGGUUAUCUCACACCCUAACCUCUGGACACAACGCCUCUGACAGGCGACUGAAACUAUAAACUUCACUUAGAGAAUUCAGAGAUAGACCCUGAUGAUCAGAGCGUUGGCUCUCUAUUGGAAAUAUGUAUUGGUAGUCUUAAUCAAAUCUACUUUGAAACAAAAGUAUACACCUCAUACACAUGGUUAUGGGCUUUAGAAAAAGAAGACACCUUUACCAUGUCAGAUAUAGAGUUAAAAUGUAUUACACUUUGAGUUUGCAUCCCAAUAUUACACUUUAUAUACUUCACAGAAGACUGAAAUAUAACAUAACCGUGAGAUUUUUGGCGUGUUGUUAAAUAAUGUUUAUUAAUUAUGAAAUUAUAAAAAAUAUUAAUAACAUUCCACCCAUGAGGAAUGAACCCAAUUUGGUCAUUUGACUGCAGGAAAGGUGUAGUGAAUGUUAUGUACUUUCAGAAGAAAAAGCUCACCCCUUAUGUCCAUCUGUAAUGGCUAAUACUGUAAAUAACAUACAUGUCUGCAUAUUCUUAUCAGUGAUAUUGCAUUGCAUGAAGCUUAUGUUAGGUUUAUACUGAUUAUAUAUUAAUUAGCUAUUUGAUUGUACUGUACAAUAAACAUUUAUAUAAAUGAU